AUGUCAGACCCUAAAUGCUCGUACAAGUUCACCUUCGAACCCGGUUGGUUUGUUGACUACCCAGUGAUCUCUCACUCAUGUCCUGGUUCAAAACUCACCACUCAGCCAAACCUCGGUUUACUUGAUGAUCGAGAAUGGGCGAAGCUUACUGAACAUGUCGAGCGAUUAAAUCAUGAAGACGAUUCAAAUGUCCAGCAUAAGAUCUUGCUGGUUGCUCGACACGGUCAUGGUGUUCAUAACGAUGUGAUGGAGGAGGUUGGGUCAGAAGAAUGGAAGAAUCACUGGUCGAAACUACCUGGGGAUGCAAACAGAACUUGGCUUGACGCCGAACUUGUUGAGAAAGGAGUCCAACAAGCCAAAGACCUCGGGAAGCUGUAUACUAAGGGCAUUCGGCAAGCGGACUUUCCCGUCCCCGAUACUAUCUAUACCAGCCCGCUCGCUCGAGGCCUCAAAACAACGAGCCUCAUAUUCAGAAACAUUGUCACCGAACAGGGGACUGAGUUUAGGCCUAUAGUAAAAGAGUUUCUUCGAGAAAGACUUACAAAUCAUACAUGCGAUAAGCGGAGAACCAGACAGUGGAUUCAAGCCUCUUGUCCCGACUAUGAGCUGGAAAUAGGCUUCGCCGAAGAAGAUGUGUUAUGGCAUGCUGAUCGAUCCGAGUCGAAUGAAGCACAUGUUUCCCGGACACAAGAACUGCUUGAGGAUGUUUGGAAACAUGAUUCGGGCUCUUGUAUUGCUUUGACCACUCACUCCUUCACCAUAUCUACUAUCCUAGAAGUCAUUGGAGCGCCUGAGUUUCGGAUGGGCGAAGGCGCUAUGGUGGCAUUCUUGGUCAAAGGCGAGAAAAUCAAUGCAUAA